AUGGCCGUCUUCUUCCUCGGCAGCACCAAGAUUCCUCAGUCUCAUAACAACUCGGCCUCAAGGCACUCUCGCAAAAGAUCUCCUUCCGAGCAGUCUCUCGACAAGAUUCCGCCGGAUCAACAGCCACCGCCUGAAAAGCCUGAGCUUCGCCAGAGACCAUCGCUCAAGUUCAUCCACGUCCGAAGUUUGGGAUCACCGUCUUCUUCACGACCGUCCUCUCCUAAUCGUCCGGCCUCCCCCCGUCCGCCGUCUUCGCUCUCGCAGUCUUCUCGCCCGUCGUCUCCUCGACCUUCAUCUCCUCGUCCUUCCACCCCGCCUCUACCCCCUCCACGUCCUCGAUCAACCACCACCGCAACCAUGUCUUCCCCAACCAAGAGCUCGGUUCCCCCGACUACCACCACCACCUCUAACCCGUCUACCACUUCCACCAGCUCCAGCAACCCCCUCAGCUCCAGCACGAGCAACAGCAGCUACCCUAACAACUCCCUCAGCAACACUAACAACAACAAGUCCAUCAACAACAACAACAACACCAACAACCAGAACAGCGGCUUCGGUAACUCUCUCCCCAUGCCCGGUCUCUCCGGCCCCGCCAACGGACCCAUCGGAAACCUCCUCAAGGGUCCCGUUGACGACAACGGCAAGCUCAAGGACGCCGGCCUCAUGGUCGGUAUCAAGCUUGACCUUGAGGCCGAAGUUCACCUCACGGCUCGGGUCAGAGGUGACAUCCUCGUUGGCCUAUACUAG